AUGCGCACCCUCCAGCUAGCCUGGCUUCUGGUCGGGUUCCUGGCCGCCCUCGGCAGGGCCCAGAACCAAGACUUUAAAAUCGGUGGUUGGACGUUUGACCAAACCUGCGAACCGUACAAAAUGGAAGUCACAAAAGCCAUCGAAGAUGCCUUGGCGAUGGCGGAAAAGGCCCAAACGGACCUCAAUGACGCCCUGGGCGCAUUUGAGAUGAAGAAGGAUAACGACAAGCACAAGAACCAGUUCCGCAUUGCGAGGGCUAUGGGUCGAUGCUUUGGAUUCAUGGCCAAAACCACGGCCGAGUCCAAGAGCGACCAGUACUGGGAGUCCGUCUUCUACACAUUUGACAGGAUGGUCCCAGGGCUGCAAGGGCCAGACGCAAAUGUCAAGUUCGGCCAUUAUGAGCCCCUCAUAAUAUGCAAAGACGACGUCUGGGUCUGGCUAGGCCCCGAAGACAAAGACCCAACCGCUCCAGACAUGUCGGACCCCAAUGACGACGAGGCAGCCAAGGAGCAGAAGGAGGAAGCCAACAAGAUGAAGAAGCGACACGCCAAAAAGUUCGAGGAAGAGGGCUACGCGGGAGCAUGGUACUACAAGCAGCGAAUCGCUUGGAGAAAGACCAAGGAGAACAUCCGCCCAGGCGCGACUUGCGCCAAGGGCGGAGCCGCCGUAACUCAUCACGAACUCGACCUGGUCCAUAUCUGCGAAUCGAACUUUGUCGAAGCCAAGAUCAAGGAUGCGCCCUCGCCCGUGGGUGCCACCACCACGAGAGGCACGACCAAGAUAACCUCAUUCGACCCCAACCUUGCCGUCACGCUCGUGCACGAGUUUGCCCACUGGUACGGGUCCGAAAACACAGGGCCCGACACCAAGUUUGUCAGAGAUCUGAUUGACCAACAAGCUAUCAGUGGCAAGAAUGAGCUCUGUUAUAAGAAGACAUCGGACGGUUCGCGCGUAUGCAGCAAGACGAAGAUCUCGAAGGAUGAAAGGAAGAAGCAGGGCCUGGUGGAGGAUGUAGUUUACGGCUUCAAGGAUGUCUCAAACUUGGCCAGAACCUGGGAUAAGAAGCCGGGAAGCAAGUACGGCGGACCUGAAAAGGCCACAAUGACGGCCGAGGCGUUUUCCUACUUUGCUCUGAUGGCGUAA